ACAUUCAGCGAAAUGUUAUGAAUUAGACGCAAAAAAACACAUGGCUACUUUUUGUUAUUUAGUUGCCAAAAUCAGUAAACCAAAUUUGUUAUUUUAAUUUGUGAAAAAAUGACUGCGGAGGGUAGAAUCACAGCUACUACAUCUCAUAAUGAGGAUGAGAUAUUAAUUUGCCUGCCUGGAGAGCGCUUAUGUCGCGUGGAGGAUAACAUUAUCGUGGGACAAGGUACCUACGAGCAGGGAGGCUACAUUUAUGCCUGCAAAUCUGGAAUAGUGCAUAUUGACGAGACCACGGAAAAGUGCCAAAUUGUAAGUGUGCACAAGCCAGGCUUUCAUUUGACCAUACCGGCUACCGGAGAUGUCGUCACAGCACGCGUCCUUGUGACGACGCCCAAAUUCGCAAAGUGUGCCAUAUUUUGCGUGGGAAACGUUCUACUCGAGAGCAGUUAUCGCGGUCUGCUGCGCAAGGAGGACGUGCGCGAAACUGAAAAAGACCGAGUGGAUAUUUACAAGUCAUUCAAACCCGGUGAUGUCAUAUUGGCGCGUGUUGUUAACCAGAUGGAACAAUCGUUCAUGCUGAGCACAGCAGAAGCAGAACUCGGUGUGGUGGUUGCGUAUGCCAGCGAUAUCCGAAAAAAUCGUAUUCCCAUGGUGCCUAUUGGCUGGGGUGAGAUGCAGUGCCCGCAGACAACGAUCAAGGAGCCAAGAAAGGUGGCAAAAGUACUGCCAGAAAGUUCAAUCAAAUCUGAUAAAUAAAACAUAAUGUAACAUUACAGAAGAGGCCUUUUGUUGUGUCACUUUGAAACCAAUUCAAAUUUUAAGGACUUUCAAGAGGUACACUUUUACGAGAUCGGGCCUCAUUAUUUUAAGGAAUGAUUAGGAUUAUACAUAACAGCCAGUUUAAUUUCCGGGAAAAAGAAAGGUAAUUGUAACUUUUAUUAUCAAAGAUUACAAUUUUAAUUUUGUAACUACUUUUAAUUGAAACCUUUUUGAAUUUUGAAUGUGGUGUUCAAUUUGGAUAUAAGAUUUCAAAUCCUUUUCAGUUCAAACACUGCGCCUUACAAUCCUUCUCGUCCUCAAACAUGUUUCGUGUGCCCUGACAGCCACCAUAGAUGAAAUACUCGCAUUGACGAGUUUCCUUUAUAAAUCGCCACAUUGGAAAAAAUGCUCUGCAGGGACCAGUUUGGCACGGCUUGUCAUCGCAUUUUCCUGCCACAUAAAACAUUUCACAGCAAUGCUUAAACUAAAAUAAUUGGUUAUACUUACGAGCAUUAUAAGCGUCACUGGCCAGCAAGAAGAGAAAAAUUAAUGCAACCACUGGCCAUAUGAGUGUCCUCAUAUUGUACAAAAACUUCAAAUCUGAGCUUUGAUGAAACAGUUGUCUUCACGUUAAACCUGCUUGAAAUUAAACCUGAUGCCUACUUGAAUUAAACGAUUUGCUUAAUAAACGAAUGUAAGCUUGUAUGCAUCGGGUAAAUCAUGUACUCGAAGGACAUACUUAUAAGAACCAGUACUUCCAAUUGGCAUUUAAAAUUCCAAUUCGAAAACUGGAUAAGCUUUGAUUUAAAUGACAAUGCUGACAUAAUACAACUACUUGCAACUGGGCAGAAUCCCUGGCAUUUAUUUUUGUACAACUGCAGCUAAACUGAAUAAAACAUUUACAAAAUAGAGCAUAACUUAUUCGGUGCGAUAAGUGUA